GGAAGUAAAAUGAAGAGAAAAUUGUAGAACAAGUGACAACGUGCAUGAACUCCACGUGUGACUCCUGAUGAAGCUCCACGUACACGACCAUCCUCGAAAAUUGACUCGCUCUAUCGAUCAGAAUAUCUAAACUGCAACAACACAUGAAUCGUAUUACAAGACGAAGAACAAAGACAACAAUCAAAUUACAAUCACCAAUCAAUGGCGUCGUCGACUAUCAGCCCAGCAUAUGCAUACACGGUUCUUUACGUAAAAGACGUUGCUCAGUCCGUAGCUUUCUACGCCAAAGCCUUCGGUUAUUCCGUUCGCCGCUUAGACGAAUCCCACAGAUGGGGAGAGUUGGAAAGUGGAAACACGACGAUCGCUUUCACUCCAAUCCACCAGCACGAGACCGAUGAUCUCACCGCCGCUGUCCACGCAACUAGAUCUAAACAUGAACGACCACCGGUGGAAGUUUGUUUCGUUUACCCUGACGUUGAUGCUGCUUACAAGAGGGCGGUGGAGAAUGGGGCGGUGUCGGUGAGCGUACCGGAGGUGAAGGAGUGGGGACAGAAGGUUGGGUACGUCAGAGAUAUGGAUGGUAUCGUGAUCAGAAUGGGAAGUCACGUGAAGCCAGCAAAAUUAGAUUAAUAAAGCUGGACAUAGAGCCAAAAUAUGCUACCAUUAUGUUUGUUUUUUUCUGUAUAUGUAUCAACAAACUAUAACACUAUAUAAGUCACUGCAAUAUUAUAAAUUUUCCAAUUCAAUGA